GUCUGAUUGCGUGCCUUUGAUCCGUUAAAAAGCUCCCGACUCCCGUAGACUUGAAAGAGUAAGAAUGUUGCAUUAGUUAGAACUGAGGUCAUCUGUUUGCGUUAUGAAAUGGAACUACAGACGAGACAAAGAGAGCUCACAGUGCCGCAGCUGGCGCCGAAUCUGCCAUCUCCGCUCUGCUCUCUCUCUUCUCCUCUGACUUGCACGAUUCCAGCGUCCUCUAACCCAUUGCAACCUUCGUAUAGAGGUGUAUGGUAAAGGGCAUAUUGGCUGAUAAAGAAGACGAAGAAUUGGAUGUGGACAGCCAGAUCUUGACGGGGCGGCUAGUGGACGAUGUAGAUGCCAACAAAGACCUCACUUCGUCUCUAGUACCGGAAGCCAUUACCGAGCCGUGGCUGCCAGGGCCGCCGCUCACACUGGCCAUCCAAACCCGGGGCCAGCUCGAGACGCUGCAGUUUCGAGAAGACCCCGCCUACUAUGACGAGCUGGGCCCGACAGACGUCGAGGUGGAAGCCAAGGUGUGGGGUGUCGGCUUCCGCGAUGUGUUUCUUGCCCUCGGCCGCUUGGAGGAUGAAGACGAUUUCGGCGCGGACUGCGCAGGCAUCACCACAGACGACAUGAAGACCUACCCCCGGGCGCACGAAUGGACCACGGCCAAGAUCCCGGACGCCGUGUCGUUCGAAGACCCUUGCGCCGUCAUCAUACCGGGCAUGACCGCGCUGCAGCCGCUCAUCGAGGUCACGCGCCUCCAGAAGGGCGAGAAAGUCUUGAUCCAUUCGGCGUCGGGCGGCACGGGCCAGGUGGCCGUGCAGAUCGCGCAGAUGGUCGGGGCCGAGGUCUUUGCGACGGUGGGAUACGACCACAAAAAGCAGCUCCUCAUGGACCUGUACGGCGUCCCCGCCGAUCACAUCUUUUACAGCCGAGACACCAGCUUUGCCCGAGGGGCCAUGCGGAUGACGAAGGGGUUUGGGGUCGACGUUGUGCUGAACUCGCUGGCAGGCGAAUCCUUGCGUGCCUCGUGGGAUUGCAUUGCUCCGUGCGGAAGGAUGGUCGAGAUCGGCAAGGCCGAUAUCAACGCCAACGCGUCGCUGCCCAUGGCUUGCUUCGCGAAGAAUGCCCUGUUCGCGGGCGUCGACCUGCACCACAUCGUCAAGGACAUGAAGAGGAAGGAGCUGGCACACAAGCUUCUGCAGAAGACGAUGGAUCUCGCCAGGGAGGGAAGCAUCCGGGCGCCGAGACCCCUGGAUGCCUGCGACGUGGACGCGGUGGAGGAUGCGUUUCGCUAUCUCGCGAGUGGGAAGAAUACAGGCCGGAUCGUGAUCCGAAUCGAUCCGUCAACGAAUGUCCAGGGAAGCGGUCUCGGCGGCAUCGGCCGUUCCAUCCUACGAUGGAUGGUGUCGCGAGGGGCGAAAUACCUGCUCGUCCCGUCGAGGUCUUAG